UGUUUAUUUUUGGAAAAAUUCGUUCUUUUAUGUUUUUGGCGUGAAAUUUUUCGUUUUUUUGAUUUAGAGUUGAAGAAUGGCGAGUGUUGGAGAAGCAGAAGUAGAGUACGAAAGCGAUCCGGAAGAAGCGAAGUUGUCGUUGAAGAUGCGUAGGAAAGAAGCUAGCGAUGAUGAGGACGUGGAGGAGAGAGAAAGUAGAGAGAAGAUUGAAUCCGAUGGCGAAUCGGAGGGACAAGGUGCUGCUGCCAAUUACGAUGAAGAUGAGGAGGAAGAAGAAGAAUACGACGACGAAGAGUAUGUGGAGGACGAUGAAGCUUAUGAGGAGGAGGAGGAAGUAGGUGGAAUUAGUGGUGAUGUUCCUGAGGAAAUUGUUAAGGAGGUUGAGGCAGUAGUUGCGGGAGAAGAAGGAAAAGGGAUUGGUGAUGGCAAUGAGAAUAAUGUGCAGGGUGAGGAGGAGAAGAAACAGAAUGAACCUUAUGCUGUGCCUACUGCUGGAGCGUUUUAUAUGCACGAUGAUAGGUUUCGAGACAAUGCUGGUGGUGGGAGAAACAGGCGGACUUUUGGUGGAAGGAAGUUAUGGGAAUCCAAAGAUGAUCGGAAAUGGGGACAUGACAAAUUCGAAGAGUUGAGUGUGGAGGAGAGGCAUUAUGAAGAGGGUAGGAGGGGUUCAAGGGGUCGUUAUCGAGGCCGAGGUAGAGGGCGAGGGCCUGAACGUGGAACUGUCCGAGGACGAAGACCGAAAGCAUAUGUCAAUGACAGCAAUCGGGACAACAAUAACAGCCUGAAGAUUCAGAAUAAUGCUUCAAAAGGUAUGAGAGGUCGGGGUCCAAGAAGGUAUCGACCCUCAUUUAAGGACAACAUUGAUGCACCCGCUCCACCGAACAAACAAUCUGGUCUGUCAGUUGAGAAACAUUCAUAUCAUAGCACAGCCAAACCAUCUGCUCCUGUAUCAAAUGUAGAAAAUGAUGCAGUGACAGCUGCUAAGCAAGGGUUUGUGUCAAGCUUGAAUUCUGCUUCUCCUCCAUUUUACCCCUCUAGUUCCUCCGCUAAAGAGACCACUAUGACACACAAGAGGGAACUGCAAACUGGGGCAAGUAGCCACAGUGUUCAGCCUUCUGUCUUAGGAGAUAGUUCUGCUACCGCACAAUCAACUUCAGUGUUGCGAGGGAAGAAAGCCAGUGAUUCAAUUAGCCUUGACAAACUUAAUAUUGCUGAUCCUAUUACUGCAGUAGCUUCGAAGGUUUCACCCGGUUUGCAGUUGGCUCCUGGUUCCUCGACAAUAAGUCCUACUCAGUCGCAGCCAUUGAGAGGCCAAGGAAGAGGAUUUAAUCCAAUGCCAAAUGUGAAUUACCAAUCUCCUGUAAUAAAUAAUCAAUUCAACAGAGUUUCUCAGCCAACAAAUCUCCCGUCUACUCAGAGAAAUCCUGUUCUAGGUCGAGGGCAACCUUCUUUCCAAGCUACUGGUCACCAGUUUGCUCAGCGAUCUGGUACUAGAUCUCAAGGUUCAUCUCCUCCGAAAACUGGACAAUCUAUCCCUGAAGCUGGAGAGUUUGAAUCUUCUUCCGAUACAAGUAAGUCAAAGAAUGCUCUGGUUGCAAAAGGAAAAGGCACUUUUCAGAGCACUGGAAAGGGAUCAGUUCUCUACGGUGGAGCUCAGGUUAUGGGUGCACCUGGAAGCAUGGGUAGGGGUGAUCAGAACUUUGCUGCAACACCAGCCUUUUUGCCAGUCAUGCAAUUUGGUGGCCAGCACCGUGGUGGCAUUCCUGCUGUUGGCAUGGCCUUUCCUGGAUAUGUUGGUCAGCCUCAACUUGGUUUGGGAAAUUCUGAGAUGACAUGGUUGCCAGUUUUAGCUGGGGCUGCUGGAGCAUUAGGUGCAGCAUACUGUUCGCCAUAUAUUUCUGUCGAUGGUGCUUAUCAUGCUCGCCCAUCCGGGCAACUAUCUUCUCUCACUGCUGCUCCAAGCAAAGAGAAUAAUACCAGUAAACCAAAUAAUGAGAGCAUGCCCCAACAGAGACCAGAGCUCUCAAAUGAUGACUUGGGCCAGCGUCAGAAGAAUCCUCGCAGAUAUACAGAGAUGAAGUUCGAUCAGUGAGCUAGUUUGUAGAUUGAAGCUCUGUUUGAAUAAGCAGAUUAAGGCCUUCUCCCAGACCCUAUGUUCUCCGAAUGUUGAUUUGGAGUAUCUAGGGCUCUCAUGUGUUGUGAUGUAUUUUAGGUUUGCAUGACAAACGCCUGCUCAUGCUGCUUCACUUUCGGGGAUACACUGCAGCUUGACGGGUGGCAAUUAUUUGUUUAAAUAUGUGGUACUUGUGGCUUGGUUUUUCUUUUAACUUAAGGAAAUGGAAAAUGAUGAUUGGUUUCUUCAAAUGGUGAUGAAAAUAAUGGUAAAAAAGGCCCAGAAGCGGUCGCAGCUGUUAUCUUAUUAUGUGAAGUUUUUCUCUUCUAAAUAGACGGCCGGGCCGUAGUGUCUUUCCUAGUUUUCCGUUAGUGGCCUUAAGUUACUACUUAUUUGGUGGAUACUUUCAGGGUUUUGUAGUUAAUAUUAUGUUAACAAGAGAGCUUUGCUUACUCAGACAUUUAAUAAUAAAUUUUGUUUCGAAG